UUGAGCUCAUACCCAGAGUAAACAACGAUUCCGAAUCUCAGUCUGAGUCGAACACUCGCAGCGAAACGACGCCGUGCUACGCCCAUAAAAGAUCAUUCAGCUGACAGAUCCACCCUGCAAAUAUGAAGCGCCUGGCUCUGCUGGUCCUGUUGGCCCUCGUGAUCACCCUCUUUGCGGGAUCCUCGGAGGGCAGCUUCUGCCCCUGCGACCUCAAGACGAAGGGAACGGAGGUGUGCGGCUCGAACAGCGUAACCUACAAGAACCGCUGCGAGUUCGAGUGCACCCAGCGGGACUAUAAGAAACUGGGACGCACCCUCAACAUCCGGAACGAGGGACCUUGCAACUAGAUACUCCUUCAUUUUUAACAGGCGCUCUGAGACAAUCAUGGAAAUUAUUAAAAUGUUAUACUAUCAAGUAAUGUUUACUCCCCUAAUUCACCAUAAUACGUUUAAUAAUAAACCAACUGUGUUAUCUGUUGUGCAUAUUAUAGCUUAGAUAUAGUAAUCUAGCAAAUAUAACCGAAUGUGUUUACGUUA